GGGACAGCUGUACAACGUGACCAACAUGUUCAUAGACUUCGUGCAGGGCAAGCAAGUCUAUCCAGAGGGAAUGUUCAUCGUCCAGGACAAAAUUCUGAUUUUCACGUACUCCUUAGCCGAAUGGAAGAUCAUCGUGACGCAUUACGGCGGUUUAGCUGGUUUAGCCUUCGUUGGACUCCUGCUAGCAGCAAUUCUACCCUGCGUAGGAUUGUUCUUCUGUUGCUGUAGGUGUGCCGGUCACUGCGGCGCGAGGAAUCAACCUUUCGACAAGAAGCACGAUCAUUGUAGGAAGGUGAUGCUCAGCAUGGUGUUGAUCGGGGUUGCCACUAUCAUACUGUUUGGCGUGGUCUGCGCGUUCGUCACCAACGAAUACAUGCAAGACGGCACCAAGGAGCUACCUGGCAACGUCAAGAUCAGCUUGAAAGACGUACAACUGUAUCUGUCCACGACGAAACAGGAGAUCAAGAACCUCCUACAGACUAAUUUCGACGAGCUCGAGAUUAAUCUGAACAACAUCCUUCAGGCAAGCGGGAGAAUCGUCACCGAACAACUCGCUGAAUACUCGCACGCUGUCUCGUUGACCAAUCUUAGCGACAUCGUGACCGGUUUGGAAUCGAUCAAGGAGGAUCUGAAGAUCAUGAACACGAUCACGUGGGAUCUGAGGACGAACGCUAGCAAAUUGGACAUUGUUAUACGAGGCGUUAAGAACAAUCUCCUCCACAAGCUCACGGCUUGCAAGACCCAACAGUGCAUGCAAGUGUUGAACGAUUACAAAGUGAAUCAAAUGUCGGUUCAAGUGGACUUCGACAAGUUGCCAAACGUCACAUCCGCGCUGUACAACAUCACGAUGCUGAUGAAGGGUAACAUCGUGUCGGAAGUGAGCCAGGGCAAGGAGUCGUUUCUCAAGAUACAAAAGGACAUUCAACACGCCGUGAAUCAGACGAUCCCUGUGGUCAGCGCGAGCAUCAGGAGGUGCGGUGACUUUUGCGCGAGCCUCGCGUUAAACACGACGUAUCUCAUCGACAGGCUGCACGUUCAGAUAGACAAGGUUUACAUGAAGCAUCUAGACGUUGCUCAAGCUCACAUCGAUCAGUAUUCACCGUAUAGGUACUAUCUAGGUCUAGGAAUAUCCGGAAUUCUGCUGACCGUUUUAAUGUGUCUGACUUUUGGCCUCUUCUGCGGUAUCUGUGGAAAACGUCCCGAUGGCUAUGGAGACGAUUGCUGCAACAAAGGAUCUGGAGCUCGAUUCCUUAUGAUGGCUGUGUGGAUAAUUUUCCUUCUAACGAGCAUCCUGAUGGUCAUUACCAUGGCACACAUGGUCACCGGUGUUUUGGUGCAAAGAGCAAUCUGCGAGCCGCUGAAGAACCCGCAUGAUAACAGGAUGUUCGCUCUGGUCGACGAAAUCGUCGAAAUCAAGAAGCUCCUAUAUCCAAAGAAUCCCAAUGCUGACGUGAACAUGAGUUACAUAGUAACACAAUGUCAUCAAGACGAGACUCUGUACAAUGUGCUGAAACUGAACAACCUCUUCGACGUGAGCACGUUACGCGAGUACGCUGGACGAUACGAUAUCAAUAACACCAUCCAACAGUUACGUCGUAAGAUCAGCUUGUCGCCGGGUGUGGUCAUACUCACGGAUAGCGCCAAGUCGAAGUUGAACGAUCUCGCGCAGAGCGGCCUCAGCGAUAUCAAGUUCUAUCAGUAUGCGGAAUUCCUGGCUGAUAAUAUCACGAAUAUCAAUUUGGAACACCUGGCCAGACAGUUAUGGGAGGUCUCGGCUAAGUUGCCAGACGGUCAGAAGGACAUUCGAGAGAGUUUGGAGAAGAACGCGUUGGAUCUUGGAUACAAUCAUAAGGAGCUUGUGAUGCCAAUGGCGAUGUACAGCGAACAAUUGGCCGCGAAAGCUCAGAUGCUCGAGGAGAAGAUCAAGUUUAAUCAUUCCUCCAUGGCAGAGGCAAUUCACGAUCUGGUGGAGGAAGUGACGAAGGCGCAACAGUUCCUGAACAAGGACGGGCCGGAAUGCGUGCAACAUCUAGCAACUAGGUUCGGAAACGCUUUCCUUCGUCAAGUGGAUGACUUCUUGGAGCGUGUGAUCGAUAACGCGUUGUUAAACGUUGGAAGGUGUGCUCCUGUUUCGAAUGCCUACAACGCCACGCUGGUUGCCGGGUGUAACAAGAUCUUGGAUCCAUUUAAUGGUUUCUGGGCGAGUGUCGGAUGGUGUUUGAUCCUCUUCAUUCCGACCAUAGUGCUCUGCGUGAAAUUGAGCGCGCUGUAUCAGAAAUCAGACCCUUAUCCAGGACCUCUAGUCGAAGCCGUUCACGACAAGAAAUACGUGUCGCAUAGUAGAGAUCCUUAUCCGAAGUUCGAAACCUACGACGGUCCCGCGGGCGGCUACAGCGAGCGGGAAAGGAUCCCUGAAGCGCAUCAGAGCACGUCCCAUUGUCAUCCCUAUUCCAGAUACUCUGACGUGGCGCCGAAUUCCACCCCAAAGUGGCGAAGCCACAAACAUACCGCCCCCUCCAAAACAGAACCUCACAAUAAAGUCUUUAGCAUAUCGAUAGAAACGCAAAAUUGUGAUUUCCCUAAUGGUGGUCCUCCUGGGUACCAACCAGCUGCCGCGGCUCCUCCUCCGCUGAGCACGGAAUACGAGCGACCACCUCCUUAUUAUUAUUAUCCUGGGCCAGGGGACACAAAUUAGGAAACAAGUGCCGUGGCAUGCACAAAGGUAG